AUGGCCUCAUCGCACUUGAAUGCGUCUAACGUGGUCGGUGGCCAAUAUCGGGUCGGCAAGAAAAUCGGUGAGGGUUCCUUCGGUGUGAUCUUUGAGGGCACCGAUCUUUUGACUCACCAGCGCAUUGCGAUCAAAUUUGAGCCGCGCAAAAGUGAUGCGCCACAACUUCGCGACGAGUACCGAACCUAUAAGGUGCUGAGUGGGAUCACGGGUGUUCCCCAGGUAUACUAUUUUGGCCAAGAGGGUUUGCAUAAUAUUCUUGUGAUUGAUCUUCUGGGACCCUCUCUGGAAGAUCUGUUUGAUCUUUGUGGUCGCCGCUUUAGUGUUAAAACCGUGGUGAUGAUCGCGAAGCAGAUGAUUUCCCGUGUUCAGUCUAUUCACGAGCGCAAUCUAAUCUACCGUGACAUCAAGCCCGACAACUUUUUAAUCGGGCGGAGCUCUAGUAAGAAUUCGGGCUUGGUGCAUGUGGUCGACUUUGGGAUGGCCAAGCAGUACCGUGAUCCCCGGACAAAGCAGCACAUACCCUACCGGGAGCGUAAAAGUCUGAGUGGCACUGCCCGGUAUAUGAGUAUCAAUACGCACCUUGGCCGUGAGCAGUCUCGUCGAGAUGAUCUCGAAGCCCUGGGACAUGUGUUUAUGUACUUCCUUCGUGGUAGCCUUCCAUGGCAGGGUCUUAAGGCGGCCACCAACAAGCAAAAGUAUGAGAAGAUUGGUGAGAAAAAGCAGAGUACGCCCAUCAAGGAACUCUGUGAAGGAUUUCCGGAAGAGUUUGGCAUAUACUUAAACUAUGUGCGCAAGCUCGGCUUUGAGGAGACGCCGGAUUAUGACUUUUUGCGUGAGCUAUUCACCAAGGUCCUGCGCGACCGCGGUGUUGUGGAAGAUGGCGUAUACGACUGGCUAUUGCUGAACGAAAGCAAGCAGAAUGACACUGAGGCACCGCGCGCCGGUCAGAGCCAAGACGCCGUGGCCGCUGGAGGGUCGGGGCCUGCAGUGGGGGCUGUUGGUACUCCCGGUACAACCCAGGCCCCUGCGCCAACGCGGAGCAAGGCGCGUGGUGCCGAGGUGACGCGCCUCAGCACCGCAGAGAUUCGCACGGAGCAGGGCUUUGCGCCCCUGAGCGAUGGCCACGCGGCUGGCCCAGCGGGUAGCUCGCGUGCUGCGCGCCUGCCGUCGGGACAGGCGGGGGCGCGCCAGAAUUCAGUACCAGCCCCGGUCGCAGAGCGCACACGCCCUGCGGUACCCCGCCGACUGGACUCCGAACCGACGCAAAAGACGCCGGUCAACACUCACUCCUACGCCAACUAUGCCAGCACGAGCGGUGUCAACCGGUAUGAUCCGCCUGCUGCACCAGAGCGUCGUUCCUUUGGACAACGCUUGAUGGAUUUCAUGCUAUGUCGAUGCGAUUAG